CCACACAUUGCAAAAAAAAGCGCCUGCGGAUAAGACGAGAGGAAGCCUUGUAGGGCUGAGGUAAGUCGAGCGCUCUCUAGGGGAGACCUCUCCGCUCGGCGCUGCGCCCAAAUUUUGACGGUGAGGGGGAGACCUGCCAAGACGCUCUGCCCGCGGAAGUAGCAGGUGUCCUCUAGCGGGGGGGACUACUGCGGUCGUUGGGAAGUCCCUUUGCCGCUGCUGCUGCUGUUGCUAUUGCUGCUGCUGUGGCAACCCAAGGAAGGAGCCGGACAUCACACGGGGGGGGGGAAGCAUGAACGGCAGCGGAGAGUUCGCCAUCUUGGACAAGCAGAUUGAUGUUUUGCGAACGGGGGGCAUCCUUCCGGAGAAGGAUAUUUUGGGUCUUUGCCAGAAGGCGAGGGAGAUCUUAGGCUCGGAAUCAAACGUACAGCCGGUGCGAUGCCCGGUAACAAUCUGCGGGGAUAUUCACGGACAGUUCUAUGACUUGCUGGAGCUGUUUCGGAUCGGGGGAGACUGCCCUUCGACGAACUACCUCUUCAUGGGUGACUACGUGGACAGGGGUUACUACUCGCUAGAGGUUGUCAGUCUUUUGGUUGCACUCAAGGUCCGGUUCAAGGACCGCAUCACUAUCCUGCGGGGCAACCACGAGUCCCGCCAGAUCACGCAGGUCUACGGGUUCUACGACGAAUGCCUCCGCAAGUACGGCAACGCCUCGGUGUGGAAUUGCUUCACCGAGCUCUUCGACUACUUGCCCAUGACAGCCCUGGUCGAAGACAAGAUCUUCUGUCUCCAUGGAGGCCUUUCGCCGUCCAUUGACACGCUGGACCACGCCCGGGCCUUGGACAGGAUACAGGAGGUGCCCCACGAGGGCCCUAUGUGCGACCUCGUUUGGUCGGACCCCGACGACCGUUGCGGUUGGGGCAUCUCUCCCAGAGGGGCGGGGUACACUUUCGGGCAGGACAUCACGGAGCAAUUCAACCACACCAAUGGCUUGAUGUUCAUCGCCCGAGCUCACCAGCUGGUGAUGGAGGGCUACCAAUGGACUCACAAUCAGGGGGUGUGCACCAUCUUCAGCGCCCCUAACUACUGCUACCGCUGCGGGAACCAGGCGGCAAUCAUGGAGGUCGACGAGACGGUGCCCAAGCAAAUCAGCGAGGCUCUCUACGAUCACUGCAACUUCACUCAGUUCGACCCUGCACCACGUGACGAGAACUGGCGCCAGAGCAAACGAGUGCCGGAUUAUUUCCUCUGAUGCGCUGUCCUUUUUUGUGUGUGUGUCCAAGCUGCACAGAUGGAGUGUUUUAUUGUCAGG